GAAUGUGAUGUAUUCUAUACGAAAACUAAAGCAAUCAAUGGAGGCCAAAACUGCAAUUUAAAAAUGACAACAGGACAAUAUGAUAUAACUAAGAUGUAGUUCUUACGUGUGGAAGUCCCAUUUUAACAUAUCAACAUCAAUGGCGACCGAAGCAGAUUCAGACACACUUGAUUUUGAGUCAGCCUGUGGUGACACAGAUCAAAACAAACCUUCAGCGUCCAGUGCAGAAGGGGAUGAACUGGGUGGAGUAUUGGGAGAUGACACAGACCAGCCAGAGCCAGGUGGGGAGCCAAGUAUGACAUCAGACAUGGGCAACAUUGUGGCACAAGAAACAGAUAUUAGCUCUUCAGAGACUGUUGAUUUCAAAGUGAUAUACAAUAAACAGAAGUUUGAUGUUUCGAUGCAAGUUGACUCAACCAUUAGUGCAUUAAAAUUUAAAGUUCAAGGAUUGACAGGCGUUCCAGCAUCAAUGCAAAAGAUUAUGUUCAGAGGUCUUGCUAAAGAUCAGCAGACGUUGAGAGAACUCAAAGUUACUAAAGGGGCUAAACUCAUGGUUGGAUCCACGCUCACUGAUGUCCUUUCGGUCACAGCACCUGCAGAACAAGAAUUAAAAGAAGCAUCAAAAUCUCCUGCACCUUCCAAAGAGCCAUUGUGUCAACAGAAGCAACAUAAAAAAGUUUUAGAAAAAUAUGGGAAACCAGAAGAUGCUAUGCCAGGACUUAGGAAUGUUCGAGAAAACCUUCCACCUGCUCCUGUUGCUGGCAUGUAUAACAAAUCUGGUGGAAAAGUUCGGUUAACAUUCAAAUUAGAAGCUGACCAGCUUUGGAUUGGAACAAAAGAAAGAACUGAUAAAAUUCCAAUGAAUUCCAUAAAGGCAGUUGUCAAUGAACCUAUCGAGGGUAAUGAAGAAUACCAUAUAAUGGGUCUCCAGUUAGGACCUACAGAAGCAUCACGCUACUGGAUAUAUUGGGUACCAGCUCAGUAUGUGGAAGCAAUCAAAGAUGCCAUUCUUGGCAAAUGGCAGUUCUUCUGACAAUGCCAGAACUCAGCUUUUACUCUGCUCAGACUUUCCUUGUGAUUGCUGGCUGCCUCUUUAGUGUUGCAUAUGAGCUUGAAUGAUUGGUGAGGGUUGUAAUGUGGGGAAACAUGAGAAAGAAGCGGGGCUGUUUCAUUGUAAAUUGUUAUUUGGGGUUGGGGGCAGAGGGUGGGGAGUUUAGGGAUGUAAUUAUUCUCUUUUUAUUCUUGAGUGGAGGACAGGUUGGGAAAGCAGUUUUUGGGUGUUUGGAUCCAUAUUUCUUUUUCUUUUUUUUUCGAAGCAGAUGUUUCUGUCAAGCCUAAUAGUCAAUUGAAGAUGCUGAACCUCCUUGUCUUUUGGCCAGAUUGCUUCUUUUAAAGAAUUAAGCAUGAUAUGUUUUGCUGGCUUGCCUGUGAUGUCUGUUAAUUUGGGUUUUGCAUGAUGCAAAAGCACUAGUUAAGUUUCCUUUUUUAUGAUUUGAAUGAUGGAAGAUUGUGUUAAAGGAGAGAAGAAGAAGUCAUAAAUUUCAUUUGUGCAAGCAAACCAUUGAAGUAAAAAUAUUUACUUUGUCAUUGCAAAUGUAGGUACAUUUUAGUCUGAUUUAUUUUCCCUUUCUUUUUUGAAGUAUGAGAGACGAAAGACAAAAGCAUAAAGACAAACAUGGUACAUGCAUAAACUAUAACUGGCUGAAAUUAUUUUGAGUGUUUGAUGAUGCUAGAAAUUGUUCAGUAAUGCUGUGAAAGUUUGGGCUCACUGAAUUCAGAGUGUGUGUGUGCUUUAAAUCAUCUAUACUUUAAAAACUUUAUUUCAUGUGCCAUCUUUGCAACACUGCUCAUGUUUGAUCAUUUUUAGAAAUGAAUACUGCAUACUGCAAUUAAAUUUUAAGCUGUUUUUGAGUAUAGGUAUGUGCACAUGUUAUGUAUGUGUAUGUCUGUUGUAUAUGUACUACAAUUGAAUUGAGUUUUGGGAGGUAAGAAGACAAGUAGCUAUAAACAUGAAUGUGUAUAUUCUAAUGUAGGGGCAAAAUAUGUCAUUGAAACUGUCAAAAUUAUCAUUGAAAACAAAUACUCAAGCACUCAUGUUGGCAUAAAAAUCAUCAAAUUCA